AUGGCGUCAAUGAACAUGGGCAUGUUGCCCACCAUAAAAUGCUCCAAUUGUGGGUGCAAUGUUGAGAUCUCCUCCAUGGGAGAUCAUACUUGUAUUCGAAAUGAUUUUGCAGUCGCACCUAUCCCAUCACCGCCUCCAUCCGCAGGGUUUGACUCAGACCGAUUUGUAGAGGCAAAGGUUGGCCGGGGGCCACCCCCGGCCAUAGACCCCUCCGCUGCAAACCGAGCAUUCUUGCAGCCAAAUAUGCCGACACCAGCUAACAGUGUCCAUCUAUCACCACUGCCUGCCAGUCCAGCACCAUCUACACUGCGCCCGUCUCACAAUCCGACCGAGGAUCAAUCUGAGAGCAACUUGGAUACAGUUUUCUCAUUUCCCAUGCCUGGAAACAGGUCACCCACUGAAGUGAGGACACCAAGCCCAAUGACGGAUCGGAAUCUCCUUAAACUACGAACAGCCCCGUCAUCGGGAUUGGGGCUGGGUUUGAUGCCGGAGAAUAUGCAGCUUCCACCUAGUCCAAUGCCACCCAAGUCCCCAGAGACGAACCAUAACAGGGAGAAUUCAGCGGCGAGCCACAGCAGUUACCGGUCGUCUUUCGCCAGCAGUCGCUACGGCGAUUCCACAACAAGGUCAUCAGCCAACAGCCUCUCGCGUGGCUUCCGGUCAUUCAUGGAUGACACACCACCAGUGCCACUGGCACCUCUACGCACCCCUCACAAGACGUCUUUCCCCCGUGAUUCUAACGUCUCGGUGGUUUCAUCCCGGAUUAGCAAGGAAGAAGCCAGUGGGUUCGACUUCGGUAUACCUACAGGUCAGAACCAGACUACCGGACUACAUGAUCUCCCGGAGGAAUCUCCUUCAUUCCAGAAUCAGACCGAAUAUGUCGCUUUCCGUCCUGGACAAACCCACCUUCACCCCGCGACAGCGGAAGCAGAGCCAGGUAGCGAUGCGCCGCGGAAAGGUUCUAACGCGAGUACCACAAGUGCAUUCUCUGUCACUAGCUUUGCCCGGGCACUUGGUCUGGAUGACCAAAUGAAUCACUCUGAAAGCUCUGGCUCUGAUUCAUCGCCUUCCGAUGCCCGCAGUGGUAGUUCUAUGUCCAGUCUUCCAUCCGAUGGUAGCUUGAGUCGACACAAACCCACCGACCCUUUGAAUCUAUCCCCCUUGGUGGAAGACAUGCCCGCCCGGACACGACAGACGAUUGUAGAAAUACCCGGCCGUAUACGAAGCACCAUGGAAGAAGUCCCACCCAUCCCGGCUGCUUUCUUCAGCCCAGAUUCACCUACCGACCCUUCAAUCAACAAAGGUGGAGUGUCGUUAAUUGCGGAGAGGAAGGAACCUCCAACUCCCAUCCAAACACAACCACAACAAUCGAUACCCCGAAAACCACCACCACCUCAACGCUCAUUCACAGCACCCAUACCCCCACAACCUAAAACACCGACGACACCGACCCGGUCCGCGACUGGGCGUUCGAAGGGGAAGUGCAAGGGUUGCAAUGAGACAAUCACAGGCAAAUCGAUAUCAUCCUCAGAUGGCCGCCUCACAGGUCGAUACCACCGGGGCUGUUUCGUCUGCUUCGAAUGCCACUCUCCCUUCCAAACAGUCGAUUUCUACGUCCUCAACAACCGACCCUUCUGCGCGCAACAUUACCACGAGCGCAACGGCUCCCUUUGCGCCGGUUGUCACACCGGCAUCGAGGGCCACUACCUGGAGACCGUCGAGCGGAACCCUGCACGACCAGACCGCCGUCGAUUCCACACCCAGUGUCUGCAGUGUCGUACAUGCCACGUCCUUCUCAAAGGCGACUACUUCGAGUGGAAUGGUGAAGUCUUCUGCGAAAGAGACGCUCGCAGAGCAGCCGCUGCCUCCCAGCACCACUACCCACCACCUGGUCCUGCUGGUCCUCCUGGUCCAGGUCGUCGCCGCCCACCAGGCUCAUCUCCCCUAGCCCAGUCCGGCCACUUCCCACCAGGCUCGUACCCUCCACCUGGCGCAAGACUCGGACCUGGACCUCCACCCGGACCCGGACUCCACCCCGGCGCUAGAUUCCCACCUGGAGCUGGGGGCGGAGGACGUUUCCCUGAACGACGCACCACUAAGCUUAUGAUGGUUUGA